AUGCAUCUUCCAUGGCGUAAUCAUUCAUUCCUAUUCUUUUCCUUGCACUGGACGAUGACUCAACCCGACCGCGAGUCCGUCAUGAACCUUCCGGGCCUGGAUCCCCUCCCUAUAAAAUCCACACGUACGCCAGCUGCUGCUACUCACAAGUCAGACACAAGUCUCGAUCGACCCGUCUGCCUGCCGCGAGCAUCAUUGGCGCGUCGAUCCAGCCCACGUUUGUUUGGUAAUCCCGCGCGCGCGGCAUUGAUGGGUUCCUCCCAGGCGCUUGCUCUGUGGGUGGUGAUCACGCACCUCCUCUCCCUUGGCGGCGGCUUCGCCAGUUGCGCCUGGCCGAGCUCCGCGACGCACGACGACGCCGGCUGCCUCAGCUGGCGCGUCAUGGUGGAGGCCAACAACGCGAGGGGCUGGCGCACGGUGCCGGCGCCCUGCGUCGGCUACGUCAAGGCCUACAUGACCCGGGGCCAGUACGGCAGGGACCUGGACAGCGUCAUGGAGCAGGUGUCCGCCUACGUCGACCAGAUCGCCGCCGCCGCCGCCGACGGCCUCGACGCCUGGAUCUUCGACAUCGACGACACCUGCCUCUCCAACCUGCUCUACUACCAGGCCAAGCGCUUCGGGGCGUACGAUCCCAUGGCCUUCAAGAAGUGGGCUAGCCAAGGGGCCUGCCCGGGCAUACCGCCGGUCCUUGGGCUGUUCGCGGCGUUGCAGGACAAGGGAUUCAAGGUCUUCCUUGUCUCCGGGAGGGACGAGCAGACUCUGGGCUCCUGCACGUCCCAGAAUCUGGAGUCGGAGGGGUUCUCAGGGUACGAGAGGCUCAUGAUGAGAACUCCCGAGUACCGAGGGCAGAGCUCGUCGCUGUUCAAGUCGGCGAUGAGGAAGCAGCUGGUGGACGAGGGCUACAGGAUCCGCGGCAACGUCGGGGAUCAGUGGAGCGACCUGCAGGGCGACAACGUCGGCGACCGCGUGUUCAAGAUACCAAACCCCAUGUACUUCGUCCCGUGA